UGAAUCCAUUCCACUGCCUCCGUAUUGUUUGAAAAUAAGUAAAAGAAGGAGAAAGAGAAGAAUCGAAGUCUUUGGGUCCAAAGAAGAAUAAAAGAAGUCACGAAAGACUCCCCUUUGGAAAAUGAUAUUUUUCUCAACCACCACAAAGGAAACAACCAAACGAAAGUGGUCCAUCCCACCGCUAAUUUCCUUUUCCACAUCAUAUAAUCAAUUCCUUGAGUGAAACCCAAGCCUCCCAGAUGUUUCAUAUCUCAUUUGUUCCAUGUUCUCCUUCCACUUCCGCAAAUAUUCCGUAACUACUCCGGUAGCAACAAGCAAAAGGAUUGAUCGGAUAGGAAAAGACUCGAAGGAACCAUAAAAUUAUGGAAGAAUCUCGGGGGCUCGGCUCGUUCUUUCUUUGCAUAGCUGCUGCAGUCCUCGGCCUCCUCUCGUCUCUCGCGUGUAUUCCCUCCGAGCUGAAAAGAACCAAGAAGGAGGAGCUGAAGUUAGACGGGAAGCUAUGCUAUUUGCCGGAAAGUGGCGCGUUCAAAUACGGGGUUGGUGCUUUGAUUUUUCUCUGCGUCGGUCAGUUCAUCGGGAAUUCUGGGAUUGUAUGGACUGUCUGUUCGAGGAAGAAGAUCACAGGGAGAUUGAAGGAUGAUAAGAGACCGGCAAUAAUUACAACUGGCCUCUUGGUUGUAUCCUGGAUCAGCUUCGUGAUUGCAGUUACAUUACUCGGCGCAGCCACGAGCAUGAACAGAGAGCAGCGUUACGGAAAAGGAUGGCUAGAUGGGGAGUGUUACCUUGUAAAGGGCGGUGUGUACAUGGGAUCGGCUAUAUUAGCUUUAGUUGCCACAUGCUCCAUUCUCUGCUCAGCCUUCUUGAUGAGGAUCUGAAGCGACAGCCAACAGGCAGCGUGAGCACGGCCACCCGAAGGGACACCACCAUGCCUCGGAAAGAUAAGUCCAUUUUUGCUUAGAACACAGAAAUGGGAUCGGAAAGACAGCAGAAUGAAGUUGCUUUCUCCUGUUUCACUUGGAUAUUCGAUUUAUUAUCUGCGUGCGGGCUGUUGAUCCCAGAGAACAUCGUCCAGAUGAGGAAACUUCGGUGGCAUUAAUCUUCAUGCGCAGGCAACAGAACAUGAACGGAAGGUGUUCUGCAAACGGUUUUUGCAGCUCGAGUGGCUAUAUUAGAAGAUUUGCAAUCUCUUUUGCGGCUAUGUAUGUUAAUACUUAAAAGAGUUUUUUUUGCAGUGAUUGUCCAUUAUCAGUUGUUUAUUAUCAGCUAUGAUGCUUUCUGCAAAUUUUCAUCUUACGUUU